AACCCACAGACAGACUGGUGGUUUGUCGUUUGUUUCUGUUUUAGAAAUCAGUUGCUUUUCGUCAGUCAUUUAAGUUGGUUGUAUCUUUUCCCUUUUGAUAUUCUCAUUCGGAAUUUUAUAUAUUUUAUUGUGAAACAGAAAAAACAAACACGAUCGCGUAAAAUUUACAUUUUGAAACCAAAAAAUUAGAAACAACAUUCUAGUUAGUGAACUGUAUGUGACAUCUCUUAUACGACUAAUAACCCCUAUAGUGAAGUUUUAAAGUGAAACUGUCAUUUUUAAAAGUCAAGUGACAAACUUAAAAAUAAAGCCACAAUAUGGUUCGUAGUCUAGCACAGUGGACCAAAACUCUCAGUUUUCCCUCACGUCUCUCGCCAAAUCGCAAUUCGAAAGAUUGCAGCGGCACCAAUUUGAAUCAGGUGAGCCCGGUGCCACCGCCAACACCCCCAAGGAAUAAUAAACUUACAAAUUCUACAUCGUCAUCAUCAUCAUCGCCAUCACCACCGCCAACAAAUCACCACAACAAACCAAUUACGGAAUUAACACAAAUUAUCUAUCCAGGGCCAGAUGCUGAAAAAGCCAUAAUGGGAUCAUUAGUAUUUUGUAUUCACCACAAGCAAGGUUGCAAGUGGUCAGAUGAACUAAGAAAGUUGAAGGGACAUUUAAACACCUGCAAGCAUGACGCCACCCAAUGCCCAAACAAGUGUGGCGCCCAGAUUCCCCGCAUCAUGAUGACAGAUCAUCUGCAAUUCACCUGCAGUUCACGUCGCGCCAAAUGUGAAUUCUGUCACACAGAGUUCAGUGGUCAAGGCUUGGAAGAGCACGCAGGCACCUGCAGCCAAGAGCACAUCUACUGCGAGGCCAAAUGUGGGAUGCGUGUGCAGCGCGGCCGACUAAACAUACACAAGGCAAAGGAUUGCAUUAAACGUCUGCGUCGUUGUCCUCAUUGCACGAGGGAAUUUUCUGCCGAUACAUUGGCCUUGCAUGGGGCACAAUGUCCACGUGCCCCCAUCACCUGUCCACAGAGAUGUGAGGCUGGUCCGAUUGCUCGUGGUGAUAUGGAAGGACAUUUGCGGGAUGAAUGCAAGGCAUUGGCUAUCUUUUGUACAUUCAGAGAGGCUGGUUGUCGCUUCAAGGGACCACGUCACUUACUCGAAACGCAUUUGGAAGCAAAUGCAGCAUCACAUUUGUCUCUAAUGGUGGCCUUGUCGUCGCGUCAAGGGCAGCAAAUUCAAAUGCUCAAGUCAGCCGUUGCCAAACUCUCGACAAACUACACGGGAACACUUCUUUGGAAGAUCACAGAUUGGUCGGCAAAAAUGGCUGAAGCUAAAGGCAAGGAUGGUCUUGAAUUGGUCUCUCCACCAUUUUUCACCAGUCAAUAUGGGUAUAAAUUGCAAGCUUCGAUGUUUUUGAAUGGCAACGGCCCUGGUGAGGGUACACAUGUGUCAGUCUAUAUUAAGGUACUUCCCGGUGAAUAUGAUGCCCUUCUCAAGUGGCCUUUCGGACACUCAAUCACAUUCACGCUCUUCGAACAAGGAGCCCACAGUGGUCAAGGAGGUGUUGCCGAAUCAUUCAUACCCGAUCCAACUUGGGAGAAUUUCCAGCGCCCCUCAACCGAAGUCGAUCAACUUGGUUUCGGUUUCCCACGAUUCAUCUCCCAUGACUUGCUUCACCGAAGACCAUUCAUCAAAGAAGAUACUGUAUUCCUAAGGGUUAAGGUAGAUCCUAGUAAAAUUGUUGCCGUUUAAGAAAAGAUUAUUUUAUAAGAUAUUAAUAUUAAGCUUCCCUAAACGCCCACCAGAGCUCUUCAUAUGUAAAUACUGUGUAUUUUUUCGAAAUUGAGCUCAUUGUAAAUAUAAAUUUUAAAAGAAGCAAAAUUCAUCCAAAAUUAAGCUCUUCGGUCGAGUAGACAAAAGUCAGCUACUUUUCGUACUGUCAAGAGCUUAGAUUAAGAUAAUUUUAUUGUAUGAUCAACGAGACAACUCAGGGGUUCAUUUAAGGACCUUAACUGUUUACUUUUUUUUUAUUUAAUUAAUUUUAAUCUUAAUUUUUUUGAAUAUUCGAAUGAAAAAAAAAACUGAAAUUGAAGAAAAAAAAUAAAAGUUUUCAACAAAAUUCCUCUACUGCUGGAGAUAAACCAAAGUAUAAUACAAAAACAAAAAUGAAUCAAAGAAGAUGCAUACGUUUUUCUUUUUUCAUUCAAAUUGAAAAGUGAAUCACAUUCGCAUUUUAUUUUUUGAGUUUUUUUUUAUCUUAAGUUUUUUAAUUUUUGUAAUUGUUUCCUUUUUUAAAUUUGUUUCAAGAGAAAAGUAAAAUUUUAUUAUUUAUGAAAAAAGUCUUAUUAAAAAAAUGUAAAUAUUGUCGAAAGUAAAAAAAAAAAAUAUUACGAAAUGAAUGUAACAGCAAAAUAAAUAUAUAAAAAUGUGUUUCAAAUGUUUAUGAUCCGGUACACAUUCGUUUGUGUGCGGAAAUUAUAUCUUUGUAGUCAUUAGUUUAAUAAGUUUUAUAUUUAACAAGCAAAUAAAUGA